AAGAGAUGCAGCGCUCCAAGGCAAAAAAACAAACAAGCAGAAGGUUGCAGAAGAGGAAUUUAUUGGUGCCAACUGCCAAGCAAAGCAUUUUGGGACUGCACUGAUCCCUUCAUCAGGAAUUUUGUGUUAAAAUUUGAAGAAAUCUUUAAGCCGAGGAGAAGUAAACCAUGGAGAAAAAGUGUUCAAGAGUCAUCACCGAUGAUGACGUUCAGAAGUUCCGCAAGCAACUGUCUCAGUAUAAAGAGUCCAGCCUGAGGAUUCUGUAUAGCUACUUCUGGAAUGACCUGAAACACAUAAUGGAGAUUUUGGACACUCAUGACCUCCUGAGAGAGCUCACGUCCCGAAAUGUCCGCAUAGAGAGGGAUUACCUUUUAAUGAAGAAAGAUUUAGGAGCCCCUACAUUUUCUGAAUGUCUCAUACAAGAUAUUAAGGACUUGAGACGAAAAGCUAUACUAGCAUUGUGGGAAAGCCUCUUUGUCCUACAGAAUAAGUACCAACACCCUAACCUGAUUGGACUAUUGGCUGAAUUUAGCCAAGCUGGUAGCGAAGAUACAUUAGUGUCACUGAUUAAUCUGGAUGAAGAGGGACACGACUUACAUGAAUUAAAAGAAACCCAUGAAUGUCACAAGAAACAUCUUCUGGAAAUGACCAAAGAAUUAGAGGAGCACAAUGCCCCAGGAGUUGAGCAACCAAGACAAAGCAAUAAUAUUUAUUCUUGCUAUUUGGAUCUCAUUGUUGUUUCCUCCCAGCAGUUCAGGAAACGUUCUCAACAGGAGAUAACAGAAACUGGAGGGAGACUCGAGCAUUAUUUGGUAGAGACACAUACCAAUUUGGAACGUAUCUCUCCCAACAGGUUGUUUCGCUGGUGCCACCAUUCUGAUUGUAUACCGCAUGCAGUCAUGGUGAGUGGCGUACCAGGAGUUGGGAAGACCACGCUAAUGCAAAAGUUUGUCUAUGACUGGGUGACUAAGAAACAUUAUCAAAGAUUUUCUUUUGUUUUCUUCUUUAAAUUCCGGGAGCUAAAUAGAUAUGGUGAGGACAAGGUCAGCUUGGAUAAGUUGAUCUCUGAACAUUAUCCUUAUCUAUGGACUCAACUUGAUAUCAUCUUACAGGAUCCAAAAAAACUGCUUUUCAUCUUUGAUGGUCUAGAUGAAAGUAUACACAACAUUGAUUUUGGUUUACCAAAUCUAUGUUGUAACCCCAGAGAGCAGGUCAACCUGGGUGUAAUUGUGGUUAGCUUGGUGAGACAAGGUCUUCUCAAAGGGUCUUCAAUACUGCUAACCGGUCGGCCAACCCAACUGGCUUCUAUUGACACUUGUGUUUUCCAAAGGGUUUCUGAGAUCAUGGGAUUCCUUCCGAAAGAAAGGGAGAUGUACUUUGAAUGUUUUUUUAAAAAUGACAAAUUGUCCACCAGGGCUUUUCAAUAUGUAAGAGAGAACGACGCAUUGUACACGUUCUGUUACAUCCCAUCGUACUGCUGGAUCAUCUGCAAAGUGUUAUCCAUGUGUUUUGAGGCCCCACCACAAAAUAAUCAGAUUUCAUUCCUACCAAAAACAGCGACUCAGCUGUUUUUGUCAUACGUUGCCAACACUCUCAUCAAUCAUUGUACGGGCAAUGAAUGUCCCGUGGAGCUCAUCAAAUCCAUUGGGAAGAUGGCACAAUAUGGAAUAAAAAAUCACAUUCUUACCUUUGAUCUUAAAGAUUUGGAAUCAUUUGAAGUGGACAUUAAAUCAAAGUCAUUAUCCAGUUUUGUGAUAGAAAAUAAUAGUCACUCUACGACCUACUCCUUCCUCCAUCUCACCAUUCAAGAGUUCUUCUCGGCUUUAAUUCACUACUUGGAUUCAGAGAUAGACAUGAAGUCGACACUAGAUCGAGACAGAUCAUUCAAGGAUGGUCCCAGUGAAAUGUUCAUCCGAUUUCUCUGUGGCUUGUCUGACAAAACGAAUAGUUCUCCUCUCUCUUCUUUAUCUCUAAGUAUUAAAACUUCCACUUCCAAGCAGGUCACUAGCUGGCUCAGCCAAGAAAUUGCAUCAAAAUGGACAGAAGCAGAUCCUCGUGAGAAAAUGAAUAUGCUGACAUGUCUUUUUGAGUCCAGACAUACAAGUCUUGUUCAGGAUACGAUAGGACCGCACUCACAUGGUCUAGAUUUUUCAGAUUUCCACCUUACGCCUAUGGAUUGCACCGUAUUAGCUUUUAUCCUUGAAUCCUGUGGAGAAAUCGAAUACCUUAAUCUAGACAGAUGUUUCAUUCAAAGCGAAGGCUUGGAGAGACUAGCUGCAAUUCUACACACAGUUCGAGAACUCCGGCUUUCGAACAACGACCUGAAAGACAGUGAUAUGCCUUUUAUCAGCAGGGUCUUAACUCAUGAAGCCUGCAGGGUACAAAUACUAAGCUUUAAGGAUAAUUCCUUAAAUUCAUGUUCUGAAUUGGCAUGUGUAUUAAAUAUGAAUCAAAGUCUCGUAGAACUGGAUCUCUCCAGGAACAAUUUGGCCUGUCCAGAUUUCUCUCACUUGAUGGCAGCUCUCUCAUCUAAAACCUGCACCAUAUCACGUUUGCUUCUUCAACAGAUUAAACUGACAGAUGAAUACUCUCCAUUUCUGAUCUCACUGAGUCAAAACCCAAACCUUAACCAUCUAGAUCUGAGCUAUAAUUUCCUAACCGACGCCAGUGCUGAAGAUAUCCAACGUCUUAUAUUGUGUUCACAAAACCUGACAAAAAUUAGCAUUCAGUUAAAUGAUUUUACCGAGAAAAGAGAGAGAAAUUUAAAAGAACUUGAAUCAGUUAAGCCUGGUCUAUCUAUCGCUGUAACCAACAAGGAGGCAUCCGAUAAUGUGAAUGGGGCUACUAAAAGACAUUCUUAAAGGUGGUUGUCCAGGAUUACAAAAACAUAGCUUCUUUCUUCUCAAAAACAGCCCCACCUCUGGGAAUGAUUUGUGCCUGAUAUUGCAGCUCAGCUCAUUGAAGUGGAUGAGGCUGAGCUGCAAUAAUUCACACAAACUGUGGACAGAGAAGGCGAUGUCUCCAGAAAAAAAAAAACAUCAGCAAUUGCAAUGUAACAUCGAUAACCCCUUUAAAAACCCGGACUAGGAUGGGCCUUCAGGACACAGCCCCAUUUUUCAAAACUGACAUUCAUCACUUUGUUUGACAAAUGCAUCUACUUAUCCUACUAAUUGAUUCCUAAUAGUUUUUUCGUGAGAUAUUGUAAUUUAUGGUAGUGGUAAAUUUUGGGAAAAUUAGCAGUUGCCCGCCACAAUACCAAGUGGAAUAACAGUACUAUCACAGGACCCGCAGCAAUAAACUAUUGAAGUGAAUGGGAGAUGAACCACUACACUUUCAAUGGAGCUGUUGUUCUUGCAGUGAUGAGGUUUGGGGUGACCCCAAUGGGGCUGGUGGCCCAGUGUCUAUGGCCCAGUCAUCCGGCUGGCUUCCCAUUCAAAGACUGGAGGCCCAGGGUCUGUGGCAGAGUAUCAGCAUCUUCUUCUGUUCACUAAUGAAAUCUUGCAGAGUCUCUCCUACUAAGCACUGGUCCCUAUCUUCAGUUUACUAGGGGCUCUGACUGCUCUCAUAUA